ACUUCACAUACACAUCAUCGUAACCGUCGUGAUCCUCGCCUUGUCCUCUGUCUCCCUAUCCCUCUGUUGUCAACUCUCUCCCGUCAUCAAACUGUCAAGUCCUCCAUGAACAGGCGCGCCCCCAUUCUCCAUUAUCCAUAGACGCUGCGCGCAAUCCUCCCCGAUGCCCGCGUUCCCCGAUGUUCAUCUUCUGUCUCGCUCACACUCAACCACGCUUUUGAGACCCCGACCCCUUUCUGAAUACACACCAAACUCCGACGACCCUAAAGACCUCCCUCGUCCAGAUCGAGUCCCUGAUCUAAACCCUGCAUCACAUCGCCACGAACCACAGAAGCCGCGCGCACCGCGCAAGCCUUCACCCGGCCUGGCUGCUCGCCUCAAGGCAUUGGGCUUUGGCAGGGAUUCGACCAGUCCUUCACCUUCAGCCUCAACAUCACCCUCAGCAGAUCGGAUAGGCCGCAUACCUGAGGAUCAGAUUCGACAACUUGAUUAUAAUCAUCGAGCGACUUCUGCAAGUUCCACGAUAAUACCUCGCGGUCGCGCUUGGAGCGGCAGUACCAGCGGCCAUCUCACUCCGCAGGUCACUGGUGACGGUAACAACAAAUUCACAGCUGGCGACUCGCGCGUUUUUGAAGGCGGAACACGUCGAACAUUUUCAAUUACGAGCUCCGGCGAUACGGCCAUGGCCACACAUACUGAGCAAAUAGAAAUGGACGCGCAGAAGUACAGGCUGCCAGAUCACACAAAUGGAAAUGGUACCAAGGCCAUGUCCGACACAAAACAAGCACACAUCGAGAGAGAGACCCCACCAGUCGACUAUGACACACCUCCAACCCCAAUAUCAAAGGACAGCCCGGGCGAGUUCACAGGCGACGUCUCCUCAUAUUUCAACCCCUUCGGUCUUCAGCGUGCAGGUUCAGUCUACACACUCUCGCGAGCGUCCUUUGCAGAUCAGCUUGCACAGUUGACCUCCUUACAGCUUCCAGAUGCUGAACUACUCUCCACAAAAGUUUCUGAGAUACCGACAUCGAAAGCUGCCGCGAGGGCAUUAAUGGGAGCCGCAGAACAGAUUCGGAGUUGGAUCUCAAAGGCGUUUGAGGUCAUUGCUGGUUUGGAUGGAGAAGAUGAUGUUGAGUGGGCUGCGGCUGGUGGAAGGGAAGGACUGGGAGAAGUGGACACUGCUAUCACUAAGUUCGAGGAGUUGAUCAAGGUCUACGUCUCAGCUAUUGAGUCACUGCAAAGCCGUCAAGAUAUAUCGAGCGUCCCGGCAGAAGAUCUCAAACAAGUUGUUCUCCAGGUAGAGAACAUUCUUUCCGAAUGGGAGAAGAUACGAAAGACCCUCAGAGGAGUCAAGAACUCGGUCGAGAUCGCUAUGGAAUGGGAAGAGUUGUGGAAUACCGUAUUGGGAGAUAUAGGUGAUGAAAUGGACGUCCUGGUCCGAUUGGUUUUCGAAAUGGAGGAGAAACGACACAAAUCAUUAAUGACAGAAACAGGCGGCGACGGAUUUGAUAUCAAGGAGCUUGAGAAUAUUGUCGACGAGACCCCUCCUUCCAAGACCCGAAUCCAAGCCAAUACUGGGCUCAGUAUUCGUGCUUCCUUUCCUCUCACUCCAAACUCCCCUCAAGCUCCCACAAUAGCUCAGGAUGACUCAAGUCUCUUGGCUUUGUUUGCGAGGAUGCAGCCACUGAGAGCAUCCCUGGAUUUUUUACCCAUGAGGUUGUCUACGUUUCAUGCUAGAGCGGAGAAAAUAUUUCCUACAGCCUGUGAGGAACUCGAGACAAGACGAGCUGGGCUUGAGAAGAAAUGGAAGGACCUCGAGAAGGAUGCGGACACUCUUCGAAGGGAGCUGGGUGAAGAUCGCUGGGUUCUGGUUUUCCGGGGUGCUGGACGACAAGCACAGAAGAUGUAUGAGUCGGUUGAUCGCAGUAUUACCAAGCUCAAGGAGUCAAUUGAUAACGGAGACUACCUCAACAAUCCUGCUAAUAUGGCCAAGAGGACGGAGAGCUACGAAGCCAAGAAAGUGCAUUAUGGGCCGGCCAUUGAGCGAGUCUUAUCUAUCAUUGACAAUGGGGUGAAGGAUCGUCUGACUGUGAACGGCGAGAUCUUACGGCUUUAUUCUGAUUUGCAACGCAGGUGGGAAGCUAUGAAGGCGCAGAUGAGUGAUAUUGAUGCAAGCCUCGAAGAGAUUCAGGCAGAUCAAGGGCUGAGAGACUCUAUCUCGAGCAUGCUCUCGAUCGAUCGAUCCACAGUUGGAAGCCUGAACGAUACUCCAGGAAGCUCCCCAGCAUCCUCUAUUGUUAUGACCGGAGUCAGUAGGGAGCUCGAUCCCUUGACUCCAGUGAGCAACCGCAAAUUACGACCAAGCAAGCAAAGCAGCCUGCCUCGACCCGACCGGAAUCGAAAUGUUAGCGCUCCAGCAGGCUUGGGUCAGAAAGUUCUCACAUCCAGAAUGUCGAUGUACAGUGCAUCAAAGCAGGACGCAAUGGCGCCAGCAAGCAAGCGAUUAUCACGAAUCUCGGCAUCAGACAGCUUGGACACUAGGCCACGAUGGAAUUCUAGCGUCAAUACCAAUGAUUUAAAUUCAAGCCAUAGUUAUAAGCCUCCCAGCCUCAAUACACCAACUCCUCACCGAAACCGCCUUUCUCUUAUACAUUCCAACAACUCUGGCACCUCAUCCCGCGAGUCCAAGAUACCACUUAGAUCGCCUCCAAGAAGUGGCAACACUACUUCUACCAUCGCCGAAAAAACCCCUUCCCGCACUUCGACAUCUCGCCUUGCAUUCCGCGACCGCACCCCUAAUCCUGGUUCGCAAGCACAACGAGAUGUCCCCAGCUCUUCCUCAGCUGCACGGCCACGUCACCUGUCAACGCAGUCUUCUAUGUCUGCUCUCUCCUCUGUCAAUCGUCGGUCGUCACUACAACCCCAGUCUAGCGACCCGACUACCCUGAGCAGUUCGCCAUCGGGACCUACCACCAGGUCCGCGUCGUCUAUGGCUGUCAAUAGGCGUGUUAGUUUACUGCCUCUGGCAAGAGGAAGACGGGAGUCGGGCGUGAAUGGCCGAGAGAGCCCUCAAGCUAUAGCAGGUGCUGCGAGUGCGAUGAGAAGAGGAAGUAGCCAGACAAGCACGGACAGCAGGGGGCGAGAGAGGAAACCUUGGCGGCCAUGAAGCAAGCAUAUGAUCUCCCCAUGGCCUUCUUAUAUUUCACAGCUCAGACCCUCUAUGUUAGCGGGUCAUUGGAUUCUUGACCAAGGUAGCCUCGGCGUUGCGUUUUUUAUAUCCAUCAUGACUGGGUUGGCUGGCUUGCAUUUGAGCGACAACUCUUCUUUUCUUCUUUUUCGAACUCUUUAACUCUUCGGUUUCAUCUCGCAGAGGUACGAUUAUUUUAUUGUCAAAAACUAUUUUGGCCAACGGAGAAAGGUGUAAAUAGCGUGUGGGUUCUUUGUGUAAAU